CAAUCAGUGAGUAUCUCGCUGUUAUUAUAAAUGUUCUCUUUAGAGACACUUUCAACUGCUGCAUGAAUGUUCUGCUCUUUACAAAGGGAGAGAACUGCUGAGGCGCACCAGACACAAUGCUUACAUCGAACCACUUUACAGAUUGUAUGCUGUGAUUGCCUUUAUUCGUCGUUUGCCUUUGGACUAGAAAGACGAUCGAUGGAGAGACUGGCGCAUUUGUGAGCUUUAUAUAUUUAUAUAUAUAGUUUUUUGUUGCUGCGUGCACUUGUUUUCUGCCGUGCUUGGAGUUUCGCUAAAAUUCUACUUUUAUAAAGGUCUCAACACGCUGAUGUUGGGGCUCUGAGCAACACUGCUUUAAAAAUGCUGAACUGCGUUUUGUUGCUCAGUAUUUUAACGGUGACUGGUCUCUCAUCCAAGACAGAAAGCCGUAAAACUCCCAAAGACAUUUGUAAGAAUCGCUGUGCCUGUGAGGAAAAGGAGAAUGUUCUGAAUAUUAAUUGCGAAAACAAGGGAUUUACCUCAGUAACCCAGUUUCAGCCUACACAAAACAGAAUAUGUCAACUCUUUCUCAAUGGAAACUUUCUAUCCAGACUGUAUCCAAACGAGUUUGUGAAUUACUCAAAUGCCACAACCCUGCAUCUGGGUAACAACGGGUUGCAAGAGAUAAAAACGGGGGCAUUUACAGGACUGAAAAUUCUGAAACGACUGCAUCUUAACAAUAAUAACUUGGAUAUUAUUAAAGAGGAUACUUUUUUUGGUUUGGAAAGUUUGGAGUAUUUACAGGCAGAUUACAAUUACAUCAGCUCCAUCGAAGCAGGGGCAUUCAGCAAACUGAAUAAACUAAAAGUGCUGAUUCUUAAUGACAAUCUAUUGCCUUCUCUUCCCAACAACGUGUUCCGCUUUGUUCUGUUGACGCAUUUGGAUCUUAGAGGGAACAGGCUGAAAUUCCUGCCGUUUGCUGGGGUCCUGGAACACAUAGGUGGCAUCAUGGAAAUCCAGCUAGAAGAGAACCCCUGGAAUUGCACAUGUGACCUGCUCCCACUUAAAGCCUGGCUGGAUACCAUCUCCGUGUUUGCCGGGGACAUUGUCUGUGAAACACCGUUCAGGCUUCAUGGGAAGGACGUGACCCAGCUCAUAAGGCAAGACCUUUGCCCCAGGAAAAGUGUAAGUGACUCAAGCCAUUUCCAGGGUCUGUCACCAACCCUGCGUGUGGGACUCAACCCAACGAGGUCCCCCAAAGCCACCCGCCCCCCUAAAACAAGAAACCGCCCCACACCCCGGGUAACGGCACCAAGUAGGGACAAGCAGAUAUUUGGACCCAUAAUGGUUUACCAGACCCGAUCACCGGUGCCAGUUACGUGUCCGAACGUCUGCAUCUGCACAUCUCAGAACCCAGACAGCGGACUGAACAUUAAUUGUCAAGAAAGGAAACUUUACAACAUUUCAGACCUGCACCCCAAACCCUCAUAUCCAAAGAAACUUUAUCUGACAGGUAACUUUUUGCACACAGUGUACAGAACUGAUCUGCUUGAGUACAGCUCUUUGGAGCUACUGCACUUAGGAAACAAUAGGAUAGCUAUUGUUCAGGAAGGGGCCUUUGAAAACGUAAGCAAUUUACGCAGACUUUAUCUCAAUGGCAACUACAUUGAAAGCCUGUCCCCCUCCAUAUUUGUAGGGCUGCAGAGUCUUCAGUAUCUGUAUUUAGAAUACAAUGUCAUCAAAGAGAUUCUGCCUCAAACCUUUAACUCUUUGCAGAACCUCCAGUUAUUGUUUCUUAACAACAAUUUGCUGAGGUCUUUACCCGACGCAGUAUUCGAGGGUACCAUGCUCACCAGACUGAAUCUGAGGAACAACCACUUCUCUCACCUGCCUGUAAGGGGGGUGUUGGAUCAGCUCUCUGCCUUUAUUCAAAUAGACCUUCAAGAAAACCCCUGGGAUUGCACGUGUGAAAUUGUGCCACUCAAGAACUGGAUGGAACAGUCUAGUACGAGCGUUGUGGUUAAUGAGAUCACCUGCGACUCUCCAUCUAAACAUGCAGGACGGCUACUCAGAUCCCUAAGAAAUGAUUCUAUCUGCCCAGAACACAUUGACAUAACGGCAACCAUGGUGGCAACAGUCAGUCCCAGCUCUGAUGUCCCAUAUGCUGUCAGUGCGCCCCCUAGCCCUUUACCAGAGAUCCACCCGGAGGUACCUCUGUCUGUUCUCAUUUUGGGGUUGCUGGUCGUUUUCAUUUUGUCAGUCUGCUUUGGGGCAGGUUUGUUUGUUUUUGUCCUAAAAAGACGCAAAGGGGUCCCGAAUGCCGCAACAAGUGCCAACAAUUUGGACUUGAAUUCGUUCCAGGUGCAGUAUGGGUCCUACAGCAGCGAGGCUAGCACUGACAAAACGGAAAGCCACGUGUAUAACUACAUCCCCCCUUCCCUUGGUCAGAUGUGUCAAAACCCCAUAUACAUGCAGAAGGAAGAAGAGCAAGUAGCUUACUAUAGAAACCUGCAGGAACUGAGCUUUGGUGUCAUGGACCCCAAAAAGGACGAGCAGUCUGGCAGCCCUGCCUAUACAAUAAGCACAGCAGAGUUCAUAGAAAAGCAACCGUGUGGCAACACAGAGACGGAGCUGCUGUAUCAGAACCUAGCAGAGAGGGCAAAGGAGCUGCCGACUGCAGGGCUUUUCAACUAUAACUUCUGCACCUUGCCUAAAAGACAAUUUGCACCAUCGUAUGAAUCCUCCAGGCGCCACAACCAAGAUCGGUUAAACAAAACGGUUCUGUACGGAACCCCCAGGAAAUAUUAUGCAGAGCAAAUGAAAAAUGAACAUCCUUUGCUCCCAGGAAAACUAAAGACAGAACCCGACUACCUCGAAGUUCUGGAAAAACAAACUGCUAGCAGCCAGCUGUGAAACGAGUUCCCAUCUCUCCAGCUUUAUUGUAUUAAAAUAGAAUGACAAUGUGCUAAACACUUUAGAACACGCACAGUACGCGAAACUCGUGGACAGCGUGAUAUGAGCUACCCCCGUUCUCUAUCUGUGCCGUACAAUGGAGAUGUUUAAUAAUGCAGUCCUAGGUGUCACCGCUACUUUUUUUUAACUUUUAACUUAUUUUUGUUUUCUCCCCCAUUUGAACCGUAAACAAGAGCAGCAAUUGUCACAAAAAGUGCAUGAUUCAUCUUUACGUUUUUUUUUUUUUUUUGCUUAUGCGUAUGCUCAUGUUUGCACAC